CUCAAUGGCUCCGCCCCGGCCCGUGGAGCUCCGCGGCCACAAGAUGGCGGCGCCCGGCGAGGGCCGUGCGGGCAGGGGCUCCUCUCCGUUCCCGGGCACCGAGAACGGUCCCUUCGCCUUUCCCUUCGCCGUGCCGCACGGCGCGGCGGGCUCUGGGGCGGGGGAGCCGUCCAAGAAGCCGUGCCGAGCCUGCACGGAUUUCAAGAGCUGGCUCCGCCAGCAGAGGCAGCGGGCGGCCCCGGGAGCCGGGGACCUGGCAGUAACAGAGGAGAAAGAGCCCCCCCCGAACUGUCCCCUGGACAGCGAGCAGCUGGGCCGCAGCACAUGGGCGUUCCUGCACACCAUGGCAGCCUACUACCCUGACCACCCCACUGGUGUCCAGCAGAAGGAGAUGAGGGACUUCAUCCACCUCUUCUCCAAGUUCUACCCCUGUGAGCACUGCGCUGAGGAUCUGAGGGAAAGGUUACGUACCAAUCAGCCUGAUACCAGCACCAGAAGCAACUUCUCCCAGUGGUUGUGUCUUCUUCACAAUGAAGUGAACAGGAAGCUGGGAAAGUUGGAAUUCGACUGCUCUCGUGUGGAUGAGCGCUGGCGAGAUGGUUGGAAAGAUGGCAGCUGUGAUUAAUGCAGAGAGCCUGCUCUGGAAAUCUAACAGACCAAUUCAACCUGGUGUCCAGGCACUGCAGGGAGCUGUGUGAGUCACAACCUGGCUGUGUUUGCCUGCUUGUGUGUGUGAAUGAGCUGGCUGUGGAAAUAAAGGUGAAGCUAUCCUAAUCACAUGUUUGAAAAUCUCAUCCCAGCAGUAUGAUGAUAAAUGAUGACAGAAAUGUAUUACCUGAGUGGCUGAAGCCUUCAUCAGCCCUCCCGGGGGAUGUUAAAGGCCAGGUUGGAUGAGGCCUUGAGCAGCAGAGUCUAGUUGAGAGGUGUCCCUGCUCAUGGUGGAGUAGAUGAUCUCUAAGGUCCCUUCCAACCUAAGCCAUUCUGUGAUUCUUUUGUCACAGGAAUUGGGAAAGGAAACCUGCAGCAGGCUGCCCAGAGAGGUUGUGGAGUCUUCUUCUUUGGAGACAUUUGAAACCCACCUGGAUGUGUUCCUGUGUGGCCUGCUCUAGGUAAUCCUGUUCUGGCAGAGAGGUUGGACUGGGUGAUCUCUAGAGGUUCCUUCCAACUCCUCCCAUUCUGUGAUUGUGUGGAGUGAAGUCACUGACAAACUCAUGCAGAUUUGUUCAUUAGGUCCUUAUUUUAAGGACAUUUGCUUAUUUCUGUGACUGGAGUGAACUUUGCCUGCACACAGUUGUAGAGGGCUGCUCUGUCACGUUUUCCAUGGAUCUGCAGGCCUUGCCCUGAUGUUUAGAAGCUGCUUCUGACUAACUUCAAUUUGCAUUUCAGUUCUUCUGAUAGACAAAACUCACACUGCUUUCUGUGCCAAGUCUGCAUUCCUCGAGGGGGGCAGAUUUAGACUGGAAAUUGGAAAGAAGCUCUUUACAGUGAGGGUGGUGAGACACUGGAAACAGGUUGCCCAGGGAGGUUGUGGAUGCCUCCUCCCUAAAGGGCUGGGUUGGAUGUGGCCUUGAGCAACCUGGUCUAGAGGAAGAUGACUGUGCCUGGGUGAUUUCAACUAGGUGAUCUUCAAGGUCCCUUCCAACCCAGGGUGAUUUGAACUAAGUGAUCUUCAAGGUCCCUUCCAACCCAGGGUGAUUUGAACUAGAUGAUCUUCAAGGUCUCUUCCAGCCCAGGGUGAUUUGAACUAGAUGAUCUUCAAGGUCCCUUCCAACCCAGGGUGAUUUGAACUAGAUGAUCUUCAAAGUCUCUUCCAACCCAGGGUGAUUUGAACUAGGUGAUCUUCAAGGUCCCUUCCAACCCAGGGUGAUUUGAACUAGGUGAUCUUCAAGGUCCCUUCCAACUCAGGGUGAUUUGAACUAGAUGAUCUUCAAGGUUCCUUCCAACCCAGGGUGAUUUGAACUAGAUGAUCUUCAAGGUCCCUUCCAACCCAGGGUGAUUUGAACUAGGUGAUCUUCAAGGUCCCUUCCAGCCCAACCCCAUCUAUGAAUCUCUUUUCUGAGAACUCCAAUUGUUGUAAAACUUACAUCCAGUUUAAGGCAUUGAAUUUAAACAUUAAAAUCCUGGAUCUCAAAUUCCUCUUUAUGUUUCAGUUUAGAAAGGAAGACAUUGUAGAAAGGGAAACUAAAGCAGGACAAAAAAAAAAGACCCAAACAACCAAAAACCCAACUCUUAGUUUACUGAAUGAAGCAGGAGCUGAGUGAAAUUCAAAUGUUUUAAACUGAUUGCUAAUUUCCCUUGGAUCCAGCAGUGGUAGGAUGAAAAAUUCUGCUGAACUACUUCUUAAAGCAGCAAACCUCUUCAUGUCUUCUUUGACCUUUUGUCUGUUGGGAAAUGAGCUUGAGAUGAAGCAUAAUGAAGCAUAUUCAGCUUUGUUUAGCACUUGUGGUCUCAAAGUCUUGCUUUGGUAUUUGCUGACCUGGUUGAUAUUCUGGUCUUAUUCCCUAGCUAAGAAUCUCUAGAACAAAAGGGCUUUACAAGCCCCCUGAAGAUUGUAGUGUCAGCUUUAUGGAGUAUUUAUAGCACAAGGGACUCAAAGAAGUCCCUGGAGUAAAUUCCCUCUCUGGACACUGCUCCAAGUCUAUGCUGUGUGUAUUUUCAGGUCAGCUUUGCUCCAUCUGAAAUUCACCCUUAGGUAUCAAGCAUCUGUACUGGGAUCAGUUCUGUUCAGUAUCAGUGAGUACAGUGAGACUGAGGCACCCAUAGCAAAUCUGCAGAUGACACUGAGUGGUGUGGUUGGCAAGUCUGAAGCAUGGGAUGGGUGCCAUCCAGAGGGACCUGGGCAGGCUGGAGAGGUGAGCUGAGGAGAAUCUCAUCAGGCUCCAUAAAGCAAAGGGCAAGGUCUUGCUCCUAGGUUGGGGCAAUCCUUGGUAUCAGUCCAGGCUGGGGAGUGAUGAGACUGAGAGCAGCCCUGCAGGAAAGGGCUUAGGGGUGCUGGUGGGUGAGAAGCUGGCCAGGAGCAGGCAAUGGGCACCUGCAGCCCAAAAGGCCAAUGGCAACCUGGGCUGGAUCCAAAGCAAUGUGGCCAGAGAUGGAGAGAGGGGAUCCUGCCUCUGCUCUGUUCUGGUGAGUCCUCACCUGAAGUGCUGUGUCCAGCUCUGGAGCAGGUCCAGAGGAGGGCUCUGAAAAUGAUCAGGGUGCUGGAAGACCUCUGCUAUGAGAACAGGCUGAAGCAGCUGGGGGUGUUCAGCCAAGAGAGGAGAGGCUCCAGGAAAACCUCAGAGCAGCCUGCCAGUAGGCAUCCUGAAGCGGGCUGCAAGAAGGCUGCAGAGGGAGUGUUUGGAAUGGCUUGCAGGGACAGAAUGAGAGGCAAUGGUUUGGAAUGAGAGCAGAGCAGAUUUAGAUCAGAUGUGAGGAACAAGUUGUGGUUAGGAACUGCAACAGGUUGUCCAGGGAGGUAGCUGAGGCUGCAUCCUUGGAGGUACUCAAGCUCACACACCCACUUGUUCCUAACAUCCAGUCUUAAUCUCCUCUGAUUUCAGAGCAUUGCCUCUCUUCCUCUGACUGCAUGGUUUGCACAAACCAUGGCAGGCUUCUUGCUUCUCUGCUUCCUUCUGAGGUUUCUGGCACAUUUUGGUGAGCUUCCUUAUUUGAUGCUCUGUAGCACACCUGUGAAUAUACCUUUGUUUUCUGAUGGAGGGUUGCCUGCAGGUGUUACUGGCACUUUUAUAAUAGAAUCAGGGUGAUGGCAGCUCAGCUUUAAGAGCUUUGAUCUUCAAAGCUGUGCAUAUGUGGCCACCUUUGUGUUUAGAAAACCCAUUAGAGCUUUGGAAAGACCUUGUAAUGUUUUAUGGUGUAUUCAGGUUCCUUCAGGUUGGGGCUGUUAAAACUUUUCUUGCACUUUAGAACUACCUCAGAAGAGGUUGGAGUGAGGCAGAGGUUGGAGUCUUCUCACCUGCAACUACUGGCAGGACAAGAGGAAAUGGCCUCAAGCUGCACUAGGGAAGGUUCAAGUUGGAUAUCAGGAACAUUUCUUCCCAGAAAGGGCUCUCAGGCACUGGAACAGGCUGCCCAUGGAGGUGGUGGAGUCAGCAUCUGUGGAGAGAUUCAGAAGGCACAUGGGUGUGGUGCUGAGGGAGGUGGUUCAGUGGUGGUGGCUUGGCAGUAGUGGUGGGAUUGUCAGCUGCCUGCUCAGAGCUUAACUUGAUGAUUUGAAAGGUCUUUUCCAGCCUCAACGUUUCUGUAGUUCCAGCAGACAAACUGUUAUGGACUGCCUCUACUUGAAGUUUAUUAUGGUGAACAUUUCCAAACACAAAGCCACCAGCUGUGAUGAUCAUAAGGUAGUUGAGGAGGUGUGCAGUCUGAGUCAGGACUUGAGGGGAAGCACUUGAAUUAUGAAGAGUGCUCACAGAUUUUCCCUCUUAUCAUGCUGGUGUCCUUAGAACAAAUAAAUUCCACCCUUUGGGUUUUGUCUCCUUGGUAAUAAACUCAUGUCCUCCAGACACAGCAUGUUGUGUCCACUAGUGUGGGGAGGAAUAAAAACCAGGCUGUAACCCUGCUGGCCUGAAUUACCCAGUUUAGGUUGGCCAUGAGGAACAAUUUCUCUCCCAAAAGGCUUGUCAAAGCCUGGCCCAGGAGAUUUAAACUGGAUGUUAGGAAGAAGUUCUUUGCAAUGAGGGUGGUGAGACACUGGAACAGGUUGCCCAGGGAGGUAAUGGAUCAGAGAAUCACAGAAUGUGAUCAUAGAUCACAUUCUGUGAUCCACAACCUCCCUGGAGGUGUUCAAGGGCAGGUUGGAUGAGGUCUUGAGUGACCUACUCUAGUGGGAGGUGUCCCUGUCUAUGGCAGGGGGUUGGAACUGGAUGAUCUUUGAGGUCCCUUCCAACCUAAACCAUUCUAUGAUGAUUCAAAUUGCAGCAGAGGAGGUUUAGGUUGGACAUGAUGAACAAUUUCUUCCCCUUGAGGGUUGUCAAGGCCUGUCCCAAGCUGCCCAGGGCAGUGGUGGAGUCCCCAUCCCUUGGAGGGGUUUCAAAGCCAUGGAGGUGUGGUGCUGAGGGCCUUGGUUUAGUGGUGCCCUGGCAGUGCAGGUUUGAUGGUUGGACUCCAUGAUCUUAAAGGUCUCUUCCAGCCUGAACAAUUCUGUGCUUCUCUGAUCUUAAUGUUGACACUGAAGCAGCAUCUGGUGCAAGAUGCUGAAUCUCUGCUGCUGAGCCCAAGGAACUCUGCUGGCCUUGCACUGGCAAGGUAGUGGUAACCUAUCCAUGCCUGAAGAGUGUGCAGAGGACUAUAAUUGCACACUCUGCUCACAGUCAGGGCCAGUAGCUGUGGCAGCACCAACCUUUGUCCUCUUGUGUUGUUCAGGAGAUGGCUGAGAUAUGCAAAAGGAAACGACUCUACUAGCAGGUGCUGUUCUGGCAGCAGGCAGGGAAGAGCCAGAAGGCUGAAGUGUCUUUAGCUUCCUAACGUUCAGGCCACCAGCUGUGACUGCUGGGAUGUCACUAGGGCAGUUUGUAACUCCAGUAAGUGAUCCUACAAUGGUUUGGGUUGGGAGGGACCUUAAGAGAUCAUCCAGUUCCACCCCCCUGCCAUGGGUACGGACACCUCCCACUGGGCCAGGUGACCAGGUUGUUCAGGGCCUCAUCCAGUCUGGCUUUGAGCACUUCCAGGCUUGGAGCCUUCACAGCUUCUCUGGACAAGCUGCUCCAGUGCCAGGUUGGACAGGCAUUUGGUACAGUAUUUCCUUGCACUCUGUUCCUUCACCUUGAUGGCUUUGCAGAAGAGCUGAACUUAGGUGUCUCUCAGGCAUAUUGUGACCUCUCUAGAUUUGAGUGUGUGGAGAGAGGAGGAUUUUUUGAUAUUUUUGCUGCUUACUUGUACCAGAUCUCAAGUUUUAAUCUUACAGAAUGAAUUGUUACGGAAGAGAUUUGUAUUUGUGUACAGAAAAAGGUGACUCCUGGAUGCAUGUGGUUAAAUCCAGUGCUAAAAUGUCUGUAUUCAAAUGGAAUUUCCUGUAGAUGUGAAAAUAAUAAAGGAACCAAACACAGAUUUGCAGGUGA